AUGAAUACUGAUAGUAUCACCAGUUUAAAAUCAUUAUGGAAAGAUCGCAUUGAAAAAGAAUUAAAACAGGCUCGUAGAAAAGUUGAUUUACGUCUUCGUCAAACUGCCAUACCAUUAUUAACGAGUGCUGCUCAACGUAUUAGUUUAAGACAUAAUGAAGCAAAAUUAGUUUCAAUUUGUUUACCUUCACCUACACUACCUAUAACUGGAAAAAAACCACUUUAUACGUCCUGUUCAAUUGAUAGUUUAACAACAGAAAGACUAACAUGUCCGCUUACACUUUUACCACAUGUCAGUCCUUUACCAAAUAUGUUUACUUAUGUUCCACUUCAAAGUAAUUUUUUGUGUGACACAGUUACGUCUGUUGAUAUGGAUGAUGAGGAUUGUGUCAAGGCACUUACUGAAUCACUGGACCAACAAAAUAAGCGUUCUCCGGUGAAAUUGUUGAGAGCUAGUGAUCGAAAACCAUUGUCAGGAGAAAAAGAGUUUACAUUUGAUGAAGAACUUAUUCUAGAAUUAUUCAAGAGAUUGAAACGAAUUUGUCAGCCAGAAGAUGAAAACGUUAUUUAUGAUACGUUAAAUGACCUUUAUCCAUCAGCAGCAGAUUUAAUUCGUGAUCGUUUUGGUCAUGUAUUUGAAACAAAGCGUGUUCCACAAAAAGAAUUUACACCAAAUAUUGACAAUGUCAAUGUGGCAUUAGAUGCAACAGCGGAAAAAACAUUACAUUCAUAUUUUAUGUUAUUUUGUCGACGUUGCCAUCGGUAUGACUGCUUUCUUCAUAAAGAUAAACAAACCAUACCCGAUAUUUAUCGCACACCAACAUUAUCGCUGCAUGAUAGUGAUGCUAGUAAUCAAAUUCCAUGUAGUCGUUAUUGUUAUCGUUAUACAAUUCCGUCCACACCCGAAGUACCCACAUCAUCUUCUUCGACACUAAAUCCAGUAAAUCGUCGUCAUAGUGAGAAAAAAAGAAGUAUUGAUACAAUUUCGUUUGAUGCGAUCAAUGGACUCAAACGUUGUCAUAGUGAAUUAUCGACUGAUAUCCAAAAAUUAACAAAACUGAAUGAAAAUGGAUUCAAAAAGCCAAACGGCUAUGAGAAGACAAUAAAACGUCAACGUUUAUCCUUGGAUAAUGAUUUAAAUCAAACAACAAACCAAAAUAGAGAAGAAAAAUGUACUUCAACAGUGAAUCAUGAAGGACAUUCUGAAGAAAUUUUGAAUCGAAAUGGUUUCGAAUCAAAAACAAAAUCGAAUGCAGGAUUUAUCACUACAAAUAAUAAUAAACAAUCAAAAAAAACAAAAAUUAAUGGUAUGAGAUGUUCUUUGUGUUGUCCGGAUAAUUGUUUAUUGAAAAAUUCUUUGAUGGAAUCUUCAAUUGACGACACGGAGACAACUGUUUGGUCAACAAGUGAUAAAUCAUUAUUUCGUGUUUUCUACUGUGUAUAUCGUGAUAACAUAUGCAUUAUUGCAAAUUUACUUGAUAAACGUUGUGAUCAUGUUUACGAACACUAUAAAAAUGAAUUAAAAUCUAAUAAAUUACCCGUUAAAAACGAUAAAGAAAAUAGUAGUGUAAAAAAAUCAUCAUCAAACAAUAAUAACAGCACUACCGACACUAAUCUAUCCGAUACGUUUUUUUCUGGUGUGUCAUCACCAUCCUCGUCGUGUUCAGAUGAUGUACAAAAACCGAAACUACCAGAUCUACCGUGCAACCGUAAGGAAUCGUUUGAAAGUGAUAAGUCAGGUAGUAGUGAAACAACAAUCAAAGAUGAGGAAAUAAGUCAACAUCAAUCAAAGAUGACAAAUGGUGUUGACGGCGAAAAUAAGCAGGAUGAUUCUGUUAGUACAUCCAAUCAUCGAAAACCAAUAUCUUUUCGUCGUCAACGCAGCACAAAUCGAUUAUCAGCUGCCUUUAUUAAACGUCAUACCUAUUAUCCGUGUGAUCAUGAAAUAGGACGUUCGUGUGAUCAAAAUUGUUAUUGUGUUAAAACUGGUAAUUUUUGUGAGAAAUAUUGUGGUUGUGAUCGAAAAUGUGAAAAUCGUUUUCAAGGCUGUCGUUGUAAAUCUUUAUGUAAUACAAAACAAUGUCCGUGUUAUGCGGCUGGACGGGAAUGCGAUCCGGAUCUAUGUUGUAUAUGCGGUGCAAAUGAUUUUACACAACAUGAUAAAAAAUCAGCAUCUACAAAUGGUUUAACAUAUAUAACAUUGUCAGAUAAACAAAUGCUUUAUUGUUCUUCAAAUCCUUCUUCCUCCUCAUUACCAUUCUCUAGACUAUAUUCAUCUGGUAAUACACCGGCAUCAAUUGCAGCAACAUGUCAGAAUGUAGCUAUACAACGUUCUCUACAUAAACAUUUGUUAUUAGCCGAAUCUGAUGUUGCCGGUUGGGGAAUAUUUAUACGUGUUAAUGUGCAAAGAAAUGAAUUUAUAGCUGAAUAUUGCGGAGAAAUAAUAACACAAGAUGAAGGUGAAAUAAGAGGUCGAAUGUAUGAUCACGUUGGAACAAGUUUUUUAUUUGAUUUAAAUGAAGAAUACAUGGUAGAUGCGACACGUCGUGGUAAUAAAAUUCGUUUUGCUAAUCAUUCAAUUAAUCCAAAUUGUUAUGCGAAAGUAAUUAUGGUUCGUGGUGAUCAUCGAAUAGGGAUCUAUGCAAAACGACAUAUAUGUUCUGGUGAAGAACUAUUUUUUGAUUAUCGUUACGGUCCAAAUCAGCAUUUAAAAUUUAUUGGUGUCGAGAAACAACUCGAUAAUCUGGCAAAUGACUCAAACUGA